AUGGCGAGACGACGAUCAUUCGGCGGAUAUGAAGAGGAAAGAUUUGAAAACGAAGUAGACAGUACAUUACUGUGCCCUAUUUGCAGAAACGUCUUAAAAGACGCAGUUCAAUGCCCAAAUGAGCAUUAUUGCUGCCGUUCGUGUAUUGGAAAGCAUUUGCACGAAAACUCCGAAACGUGUCCGACGUGUCAACACCAUCUGACGGAAGAAACUUUGAGCAAACCACCGAGACUUUUGACGAAUAUGUUGCAGAACCUCAAGAUUCGCUGUGAUCACGCCCAGCGCGGUUGUCGAGAAUUGAUCAAGCUUGAAUUUCUUGAUCGCCAUGUCAAGAGAUGUGGGCAUGUGGCUAUUCACCAACACGUUGUACAAACUCUGGCUGUUCUCAAGUUAUCAACCAACACGAGAAAGAACGACAUGAGAAUGAACUUUGUCGUUUCCGUUUGA